AUGAAGUGUGAAUACUCUCCUCAGCAAGUACGCGGGAGCUCGCAGCUUUCCUCGUCUGAGUGGGAUGAGUUGCCAGAUCGGCUGGGCAUCGAGCAUCUACUAGAAAAGUUCACUUUACCGCGUGAUGAAUCCCCACGCUCUCCUCGUCACGAUGAAGACCAUCUCGGGGCUGCUGGGCAUCGCAAUGGGCCAACUGAAGGAGCUCAAUUUGGUGCGCACAGUGUUAUGAAUCACCAUGCCAACGGAUCUGGCUCUUUCGCUUCUGCGCCCAUUGCCUCCACUGAAGUCAAGCAAGAGGAAGCUGAGCCCCUUUUGUUCGACGGAAACCCCUUUGGCUAUACCUUUGCCCUCCACUCCGGAUUUAACAACAACACCAGCAGCAGCACUCAAAACUUCCCGACUGAACAGCGUGUUGAUGCCAGUCUGAUCGACCCCCAGAUCAUUGGAACCAGCUCUGUAGGGGGCUCACCCAAACCCCGCCCUGCAAGAGUUCUUCAAUCAAGUGCGCAGCAUAUCAUGCCUUCAACCACAGCAACAAUGCGAGACGAAAUCCCCGGAACAGGUAGCUUCCAGUGCACCUCAAGCUACGAAAAUACUCGUAGUUCAAGCGUCUUCUCCGUCUUCUCCGCCGACACGACGAGUGCCUAUCCUACUCCGUCUUCAGACUCUCCCAGCCGCUCCUCCUCUUCUUUCCCCCAGCACCCCGCUGGCCAUACCACCAUGGAGGCUGGUAACCCCCUUCUCACGGCCGCAGACCUACUCCUGCAGCAGCCCUUCCACCACUUUUCCGAUAUAAUGAAAUUCCACGUCCCCGCGCAGACAGAGCGCUUCCUCACUUCCAUCGAGAUGCUCACCACCCAAGCCCGCGAGUCCAUGUUCCUCCUGCACCGCCAGCACGAGCUUGCGUUCACCUUCUACAUCCACAUCCAGAGUCUAGAGCACAAUUUUCGCCUGCACCAGUGGGGAGAGUAUCUCGACAACAUGCGCUUCCAGUGCGUCAACAUCCGUGACGGCCUGAUCGGGGCGCUCAAGAACAUCUGCUGGGGCUUCGCAGAGUGGAUGGGUGUCUACAAGGAUGAGUUGCCAUGUGGGAUCGUGUUGCGCGCUCGGGAUGCACUGAGACAGGCGAGCGAGUUGAAGGCGAUGAUUGAUCGGUUUGCUUAUCCGACCUGGCAGGAGAUGGUGGCUAAAGAGGCGGUGAUAGAGCAGCCGGCUAACAUCUCUGGCCUUGAGGCUGAUCAGCUUUUUGGGGAUUUCGUGAACGGCGAUGGGGUAAUGCCAAAUCAUUGA